AUGCCGUACAUCCCGUCCGUGUCGUCUGCAGCUGCGGCCAACAUGUCAUCUGUGGCAAAUAUGACGGCUGCAUACUUCAACACCAAAGGUGCAGCCUAUGGAACUCCACAUUUGGGCUUCCCAACAGCUCCCACACAUAACUUCCUCCCAACUGGUAUGGGAUACAUUGGUGGAAGCUUGGCCGAGUGCCAACCAGCAGGACUUGCAUGGAACGCUGGCGCGCCGCCCAGGUAUGGAAGGCACGUUUAGUA